UGGCUCCUGGGCAAGGGGGAUGAGGGAAUGAGCCUGUGGCUAUUCUGGUAGCUGUGAGUUACGGAGGUGUCACGUGAAGCAGAGAGCCCAGAAAUGCAUGUCAAAUCGAACCAGUGACUAAUCACGGUAUUUUGGUUGUCUUAUUGCCUGCCGGAGAGAGAUUUAUGGGCUUAGAAAAUGCUGCCAUAAUAAUCCCUGGGCACUGAUUUGAUCUUCAGCUGAGGCUUCCCAAGACACUGUGGAAAGAGAACGAAAAGGGAGCUCCUGUCCUAGGGGUGACGAGGUCUAAGCUGGCUGGAGCUUGAAACACAAACAAGAGGAGAAAAGCCACCACUCUCUUCUCAUCUGUGUCUGCUCAGAGCCACGUGCUGGCAGCCGGAGAGGAUCAAUUUGAUCUGCCUGUGGAGCAAGAAGGGUCGGGGGCCACAGCUGAGCAGACACGAAGGGCCAUUUAUUGGGAUUGUCAUCUAGCUCCCUCAUCUGUCACCUGAUGGCCAGCCAAGAAAGUGCUCAGCACAACCACGGACUCUUCAUCCUUGCACAAGUUGUGGAGGCGAGAACAGUAAGCAUCCUACAGCUGUUAUAACAUUCAGCUGGUUUUUUUAUAAAGGAAUGCAUUGAAUUCACUACAAAUCUACUAACUGUCCCUCUAUGCCAGGCAAGAGACUGAGUUUUUUGUUUUUGUUUUGGUUUUUUUUUAUUUGAUUGGGCUUUUCUCUAGCAGCUGGAGGUCUGCUGGGCAUUCAAGCAAUGGCUGUUGAGUAAGGCAGCUGCUUCAAUAUCUAAUUGAAUUUUAGCUCUAAUAACUCAAGGGGAAAGCAUUGCAUUUUCUACCAUGAGCUACUUCCUGUCCUACUGUAAAGCACACUGCACCACUGUGCUUGCCCAGUACCAGAGCCUGAGAUCAGAGGGCUUUCUGUGUGAUAUUUUGCUGAAAGUGAAAGAAAACGAGUUCCCUGCACACAAGUCCUUGUUGGCAUGCUCCAGCGACUACUUCCGAGCCAUGUUCAAAAGCUAUACCCAAGAGUCUAAAGCCAGUGUCAUUCAUCUGCAAGUUGUCUCACCUACUGGUCUCCAGCACAUCCUGGAUUUCAUCUACACGUCCUUGCUGCCCCUUUCCUUUGAAAGCCUGGAGGACACUUUGGAAGCUGCAAGCUACUUGCAAGUGACGGAUGCUAUCAGUUUGUGCAAUCAGUACUUAAUCAACAAUCUUGCCUUGGAAAACUGCUGCUUCUCUGCCAAUGUGGCCAGGAAGUUCUAUCUGCCAGAUGCCUUAGCAGCAACAGAAAAAUACAUUAUCAAUAAUGUCUGGAAGCUGCUGGACUUGGAUUUGUCAGGACUUCUUGAGCUGAACUUCAAGUCUUUACUAGCAGUGAUUCAAUCACCAGAUCUCCCCAUGGUGAAAGAAAGCCGCCUGUUGAAUCUUGUGCUGCUGUGGCUGAAGCAGGAUAAAUCCAGACUGGAUCAUGCAAGCAGCCUUUUAGAGCACAUAAGAUAUGGUCUCGUCCCAGUGGAAGAGCUGAGAAAAACCUACACGCAGUCAGAAGUGUCCCUCUCAGCAGGUAUUAAGUGCUUGAUCAUUAAAGCAAUAAAUUAUCACACAUCUGUAUUCAAACAGCCUGUCCUGCAGGAUAAGUCCACUGUGCUGAGGAACCAGAAAACUAGGAUCAUUCUGUUGGGGGGAGGGACAGCAAGUGAGGGGCUUGUCACUGAUGUGGUGGCCUUUGAUGUUUACAAUCACAAGUGGCGAACUCUCACACAGCUGCAGGACAGGGUGCAGAACCACAGUGUGUGCGUGGUGGGGAACUUCCUCUAUAUCUUGGGUGGGGAAAUAGAAAACGGUUCCCUGGGUGACGCUAAAACUGAAAAGAUCUUAUUGGUUACGAACAAAGUCCAUCGUUAUGAUCCAAGAUUUAACACGUGGACUCAAAUCACAGGCAUGCUGGAAAAGAGAUGCCAGUUUUCUUGUUGUGUCUUAGGCAAGGACAUCUUUGCCAUUGGUGGAAGGGGUGAAGAUGGAUCUCUGCAUUCAUCUGUGGAAGUCUAUGAUAUCAGCAGGGACAGGUGGACGAAGGCCAGGGAAUUGCCAUGCAAGAUACAUGGCCAUGCCAGUGCUGUUUGCAAGAACACUAUAUACAUCUCUGGGGGCAAGUACUCAGCCCCAGCCAGCACAAGCAAUGAUGUAUAUUCUCUGAGCUCACUUGAAGGGCAGUGGAUGAAACGAGCCCCAAUGAGCAUUGCUCGGUUUGGGCAUCAGAUGGCAACAAUCAGGGAAUCCAUAUUCACCUUUUUAGGAUUAUAUGAACCAUUCUCUGAAAUAGAAAGGUACGACCCUGACCAAAACCAAUGGACCCGGUUAAGACCACUGGUCUAUGAUCGAUUUUCCUAUGGCCUGGCAGUGGUAGAGGAAACGGCUCUUCUUAUUGGGGGAAAGAAAUGGCAAAACUCACUGGAAGUCUCCACGCAAGACGUGGUUGGCUACGACAUUGACAACGAUGGCUGGGAGGAGAUCUGCAAAGCCCCUCUGCCUUGGUGUGGGCUGCAGUGUGCCGUGCUCCAGCUCCCUGAGACGGCUGAUGAGCAGGACAGUGACUGCCAGCACAAGAAGCUGCCCAACUGCUGAACUCACAACACUGAGGAACGUCCAUCCCAGGAGAUGAGCAAGCGGGGCGGUCCUGGAGAAGAAAACUGCAGUGGCACUGAAUGGGAGAAAGUGGAAUUUUUGCUUGGAUGAGCCAAAUGCUCGGUGGAAACAGGCAAGAAAAUCUGGCUCCAGGACAGAAAACACUGCUAGGAUUUAUAGAGCCAGAAGCUGAUCUCACUGAGCAGGGAUGUAGCAAGCAGCAUAUUUAGAGGCGAUCAGUGAGAAUCAUAAUCCUUGACUUUUGAAGAGUAAUACCUAGAUAGAAAUUAGUAGGUGUUGCAAGUCAUAUUUUAAAUAUAUUAAAAAAUAUAAUCCAACUUUUCUGUUUUCUUAAUCAGAGGUAAUUUUCCCAGUUGGUAAAGUGCUAUUGAGCUUUUAUGCUAUGGCUAAGCAAAAUGAAAGCGAGCUGUAUAAAGACUAGAAAAUUGAUGCCUACAAGAAUUAGUAGCCAAGGAAAAGGUAUUAUUUGAUAUGCUACAUAGUAGGCAAGAAUGUCUUCACUAACCAGCAGGAAAUUACUAGACAGAAAGCGUGGAUUUUUUGCUAUGUGGACUCAGUUACAGCCAUAAGUUAAAACAGUGUUUGUUUG